AUGAGGUAUAAAAUACAUAUUUUCCUGAAAUACCAACUGUUAUGUUUUGUGCUCUCCGCGGGGAAUCUGUGCUCUGGGCAGAUUCGGUAUUCAAUUCCUGAAGAACUGCAACUAGGCGCCUUUGUUGGGAACAUCGCUGCCGAUUUGGGUUUAGAUGUGGAUCAACUGUCAGCUCGCAGUUUACGAGUUGCCGCUGGGCCGAGCAAACAAUAUGUAGAUAUAAAUUUGGGGAAUGGCAAUUUACUUGUGAAGAAAAAGAUCGAUAGGGAAGAGCUUUGUGGGCCGAAUCUCGAUUGUGUUUUAUCCCUGGACGUGGUGUUAGAAAAUCCAUUAAGCCUGUAUCAGGCGGAGGUGGAGAUUCUCGAUGUAAAUGACAAUGCUCCCAGUUUUCAGAAGAGCCAUAUACGCCUUGAAAUCUCUGAGAUUGCCGCCACGGGAACGCGCUUUACUCUCGAGUCCGCGCACGAUCCGGAUAUUGGGACUAACUCGUUGCAAACGUAUCAGCUCCUUCCGAAUGAAUAUUUUACUUUGGAUGUACAAAUGCGCAGUGACAAAAGGAUGCUUCCCGUAUUGGUACUGCAGAAACCCUUGGACAGAGAAAGGAUAUCAAAACAUAAAUUAACGGUAAUAGCGAAAGACGGCGGUGUUCCUGUCAGAUCGGGCACGGUUCAAGUUGCAAUCACCGUGAAAGAUGUAAACGACAACGCACCUGUUUUCCCCCAGUCAGUGUACAGGAUUACUUUGCUGGAAUCUGCUCCCCAGGGAACAUUGGUUAUUAGAUUAAAUGCCACCGACUUGGACGAUGGUCCCAAUGGCGAGAUAACGUACUCCUUCAGUAGCCACAGUUCCGCGAUAGUGCGUGAACUAUUUGACGUGGAUUCCAAAACUGGUGAAAUCAGAGUUAAAGGAGUUUUGGAUUAUGAAAAAACCAGUGCCUUUGAGAUUAACGUACAGGCAAUUGACAAGGGUUCUGGGGCAAUACCCGAGCACUGUGAUGUUUUUGUGGACGUCGUUGAUGUGAAUGAUAACGCACCUGAAGUGGAGUUAAGAUCGAUUUCAAGUGCCGUUCCUGAAGACGUCCCGCUUGGGAGUAUAGUGGCUUUAUUCACUGCGGCAGAUAAAGAUUCGGGGAAAAAUGGACAAGUACAAUGUCAUAUUUCGAAUCAACUGCCAUUUAAACUAGAUUCAUCCAAGAAAAAUUACUAUAAACUGGUCAUUAAUCAUGCACUGGAUCGCGAAAAUAUCUCCAGGUAUGAUGUUACUAUAACGUGCACGGAUGCAGGAAACCCUCCACGAACUUCCAAGAAAAAGAUUCUGAUCGAAGUGUCGGAUAUAAAUGACAACGCACCGCGAUUUACGCAGCCUGUGUACACAGCAAGUUUUAAGGAGAACGACAUAAUUGGUGCUUCUAUAUUUUCGGUGACAGCCUUUGAUUCAGAUGUGGGGAAAAACGCUCAAUUAUUUUUUUCUAUAUUACCAACGCACUUCCAGGGCAUCCCAAUUUCUACUUUUGUCUCUAUUAAUUCACAGAGUGGCGAAAUAUUUUCUCAGAGAACUUUUGACUACGAACAAUUAAAAAAGUUUCAAAUUCAGGUUCAAGUGCAGGAUUGUGGAGUCCCACCGCUCACCAGCAACGCUUCAGUGGAUGUUGUUAUCCUUGAUCAGAAUGAUAACGCCCCAGUGAUCGUGAAUCCUUUGCCCGAAUAUGGGUCAACAGCAACAGAAACAAUAUCCCGAUUUGCAGAACCAGGAUACUUGGUUGCAAAGAUAUUGGCCACCGAUGCGGACGCUGGAGAGAACGCUCAUCUCUCUUAUCAUAUUCUGCAGGCUACACAUUCUAAUCUUUUUACUAUUUCGUCAGACACUGGUGAAAUUUGGAUUAUCCGUCAAAUUGCGAACACGGAUGCCUCUAAACAAAGACUGGUGGUUGUGGUAAAAGAUAAUGGAACUCCGUCACUCUCAGCCACAUUGACUAUGUUAUUAACUGUGGUAGACGGGGAUAGUGAAACGUUCUCAAGUAUUACCAGCUUGUCUAACGAUACUGGGUUCACGCCUGAUAUGAGCCUUUCAUUGGUAAUCGCUUUGGGGAUAAUCUCUGCCAUUUUCCUGAUGGUUUUAAUUAUCCUCGCCUCUAUACUUCAUAAAGAUAGGAGAGGUUUGGGAGACCAGCACGGUUUCCUUGGUAUCUGUUGCUGUUUAAAAACAAGAAAUUCUUUCAAUGGAAUUCAGAAGGCCAGCAGAAGCCUUCAGAUACCACCGAACUAUGUUGAGGUGUUUGGGGGAGAUCCACUUUCCCAGAGUUUCCGGUACGAAUCAUGUUCAACAUUACAGUCGAUGAAAAGAGAUUUCGCCAAUCCAAACACACACAGAUCAUCUCCCGGAAAUGAUUGCGCCAGGAAUGAGUCCAUUGGGAAGGAACACAUCAGAGUGACGAAUUCUGAUAAUUACAGUAAGACUGAAAACAAUGAGCUAGAUGCCUCUUGGAAUCUCGGAGACAGCAGCACCGGGAACGCGAUAUCUUCUGGAGACCUCGACUGA